CACAAAUUAAUGGAGAAGAAGAACCAGCCUCUGCAAUUUGACGACGACGACGACGAUGAGGUGGUGUUGUUUGGGACGUGGUCGAGCAGCCGUUGCACGAGGGUGGAGAUAGCCCUUAAACAGAAGGGCAUACCCUACAGGUACGUGGAAGUGGACCUCCAGAACAAGGGCGAGCUGUUCCUCAGCUACAACCCUGUCCACAAGGCGGUGCCCGUUCUGGUUCACAACGGGAAGCCGAUUGCAGAGUCGCUCAUCAUCCUUGAGUACAUCGACGAGUUCUGGAGCGACAGAGGACCUAAGCUUCUGCCUGAGGAUCCUUACCAACGAGCUCAAGUCCGGUUCUGGUCCAACUUUCACGAUGACAAGAUGAUCCCAGCCACAUUCAAGAUGGUACUAACCGGAGGUAAAGAGGAGGAAGUGGAGAAAGCAGUCAAAGAGUUCGACGAGUUGCUCACCGUGUUCGAACAAGGGAUCCAGAGAGAUCUCCCCGCCGCGUUUGGUCCUCAUCGCUCCGACGACGGCGAAGCCAUGGGAUUUCUGGAGAUCGUGGUGGGUAUAAACGUCUGCAACUACGCCGCCAUUGAAGAGGCCAUCGCCGGGAUGAUUGACGAAGCAAAGCACCCUGCGUUUGCGUCGUGGGUCAACGCCAUCACUGAAAAGCCUCUGAUGAAGGAGUUGCUCCCUCGCCACGACCAGCUCGUCGCCAAGAUCAAAGGAAUGCUUGCUUCGAUGCCCUAG